AUGUUGAGAGACGUUACCCAAGAGCUGAUCGAGUCUUCAAUUGUUGGAUUUGACCCUAUUGAUUGGUGGAUGUUCCGCUACUGGAGACUCGCCGCACUACGAUAUGUUUUUUUGUCGCUGGAGAAAGCCAAACCCGAGCUGCGCGCCAUGGGACCUGUGCUAGGUCUUGGUGCAAUAAGUGUAUGGAUCAAGAACUCUCUCAUAUUCCGUCCAGGAGAGCAGCGCUGGGACAAAGCAAUUGUGCCACCGGCGGCCUACUGGGAUGCCGAAGACGAAGAAAAUCUGGCCGAAGACGAUGAGGUGCAGAACUUGGUGGCCGAGGGUCAGAUGGGACCGGCAAUUGAGGAGCGUGGACUAUAUUUUGUGUCGGCAGUGGAGUAUGACUACGGCAUCUACAGUCUUCCCCCGGCACGCGGACUCGACGCCAGGACCUACGCAAUGAUCUACAAUUGCAACAGCUUCACUGAGCUCGAGCUGCUAUUCAUGGCGAGUGCAGUAAAGAAGGCAAGAAAAGAGCCGACUGCUCUUCCUCGAUGCACAAAACUACGACGACGUAUACCACCACGAGCACGCUCUCCGGACCGAGACAUUGACUUCGGGCUAGGAGAGGCAGGUGUCAGAGUUCGCCGCCUUCCCGGCGUGGUAGGAGCUGUCGACGUGCUUGAUGGAGGGCUUGACGGAGAGGUCAAUGCCAUCUGGCAGGACUUCCUCCGUGACAUAGCUGCUGUCAUUCCGUGCUUCGCAAAGGGGGGGUGCUAUAGCACGCUGACUAUCGACGAGUGA